CCGCCCCGCCGCCCCCUCUCGCACUGCCGCCGCGAUGGAGGCCCUUCACGACGAGACGCCCUUCGACCUCGACUUCCACCCCUCCGCCCCCCUCGUCGUCACCUCCCUCAUCAACGGCGAGCUCCACCUUUUCCGCUACGCCGACGGGCUGCAGCCCGAGAGGUUGUUCGCGGUAAAAGCUCACAAGGAGUCAUGUAGAGCUGUUCGUUUUGUGGACUCAGGAACUGUGAUUCUGACGGGAUCUGCUGAUAGCUCAAUUCUUGCUUCUGAUGUAGAAACAGGCAAAGCUAUUGCCCGUUUGGAGGAUGCACAUGAUAAUGCAAUAAACCGCGUUGUCUGUCUUACUGAAACUACAGUUGCUUCAGGCGAUGAUGAGGGUUGCAUUAAGGUGUGGGAUACUAGGCAACGAUCUUGCUGCAAUACUUUUCAUCGCCAUGAAGAUUACAUAUCAGAUAUGAUCUAUGUAGCUGGCUCAAAUCAAAUAUUGGCAACAAGUGGUGACGGGACUUUAUCUGUCAACAAUCUUCGUGGUGGCAGGGUAAAGGCACAAUCUGAAUUUUCUGAAGAUGAAUUGUUAUCCUUGGUGAUAAUGAAGAAUGGUCAAAAAGUUGUUUGUGGAACUCCGAGUGGAGCUAUAUUGUUGUAUUCGUGGGGACAUUUUAAGGACUGCAGUGACCGCUUUCUGGGGCACUCACAUUCUGUUGAUACACUGCUAAAGCUGGAUGAAGAAACUCUGAUAUCUGGUGCAGCAGAUGGUGUGAUCAGAUUAGUGAGUAUCUUACCUAAUCAGAUAAAACAGCCACUAGCUGAGCAUUCAGAAUAUCCAAUUGAGGCGAUCGGUUUCUCACAUGACAGGAAGUAUCUAGGCAGUGUUUCACAUGACAAGAUACUAAAGCUCUGGGACAUGGAAGAACUGUUGGCAGGUCCGCAGUUAGAUAAUCAGAAUGAAUUGCCUGAAGCUGCAGCUGCAGCUGCCGUCGAUCACGAUGAAUUGCCUGAAGCCAACGUUGCCGUUGAUCACAACGAAGUGGCUGUAGCUGAUAGCGACGACGAUGGGAUGGAUGUUGACAUGGAGCCAAGCUCUUCAACCGCGUCAAAGAGCAAGAAGAAAGGCAAGGGCAAGCGUCUGAAUGGAUUCCAACCAGACUUCUUUGCAGAUUUGUAGCUCACGCUAGCUUAGACUCGAUCGAAAGGUCCAUGCUUCCUUUGGCGACGUGAUUACUACUUGCGCAGUUUUGACCGCAGACCAAUACUGAAGUUCUGAUCUCCUGCACGGAAGUGCGAGGUUGAUGUUGUAUCUGAGUAUAUUAUGGUCGUAGUAGAUUGAUUAGUUAGAGGACUCGUGUGUGAACGUUUUGUGGUUGAACUGGUAAUCAGUAGUUACAUGUUUUUCCGGAUGCAAAUGACUCGUGACCGUAUGAUGUCGCCAGUCUUUGAAGCAUAUGUGUACCUGUCUUGAGUUCUGACUGUUUAUGCUGUGUGUAGUGCUUAUGUGGUUUUGUGUUUGAUCGCAUGUCUUUCUAGUUUGUUUCACUCACUGUA